UGUAUGUAACAUCAAAAUGGACUCUGCUUAGUUGACGGUGGUUGACGGUAUUGACGGGCGGAUUGGGCUGGGAGCUAAAACAUCACAAUACCAUACAAUACAAAACACUAAUAAAUAAUAAUAAUAUAUACAUAUAUAAAAUCGGACAUCAUCAUGGGCGGUUAAAAAAGUUAAGCGUUGAUCUUUGUGCCAAAAAGCAUCAUGAUUUCAUCAAACUGCUCAAAAUUAUAUUGUCAAAUGCACAACAAUAACACAAUUGUCGUCCGACUUGAGUGUAAUUCAAACUUGCAGGCGUAUGGAUCAAAUAUUUUUAAAUUACACAGUGGAUCCCAGUAACCUUUUGCUCCAGUAACUGAUACGGGAUCUUUGAUCUUGAUGUUAAUUGAAGUGCCAAUGAAAUAAGUCGAGUAUUAAUACACGUCAGUGUAACAAAUGAAUCAUUCCUUCCAUGGGAUAAUACAGUAAUUUAAAUAUAAUUAUUAUUUUUUUAAUAAAUAAUUAUUUAAAAAUCACCAGUUGCCAAUAGCACAAGUACAAGAAGCACAAUGAGUACAAGUGAAAAUGGUACUGACUCUGAGACUGGAUGGCAGGAGUGUGCCAGCUGGUUAACAAGGUGUGGAGCUCUUAGAGCUGAUCACAAAGCCAACUGGCCGACAGCGACUGCAUUUGACUUAGCAUACACCCUGAGAGACGGUGUACUGCUUUGUAAUUUAUUAAAUUUAAUUGACCCAGGGUGUAUCGACAUUAAGGAUGUCAGCCAAAAACCACAGAUGGCACAAUUUUUGUGUCUAAGAAACAUUAAAUUAUUUUUAACAGUCUGUUCCUCGACCUUUGGUCUAUCAGACUCUGACCUUUUUGAACCCACGGUGUUGUUUGAUUUGUCAAACUUUCAUCAAGUUCUUUGCACACUAUCUGCAUUAUCACACUCGCCGAGAUUUCGUCGUAAAAGCAUUCCAGGAUUUACUAUUGGACGUGAUCAUUCGCAGGAGGAAGCAUACAAAGACCUACAGAGUGCUGGAGUUGGUCGUGAGACUGAGGGUCGCAGGCGAAGAUCGCGGAGACGAGAAGGUGACGAGGCAGGCGGGGGAGGAAGAGAUGACAUUGAGGAUCCAGUUGGCCAGGAAGAGGACGGCUACGGGGCCUUUUGUAGUCACGCACAAAGCGAAGAGAUCUACCAUGACCUUUGUAGUCUGCACCUGCCGCCUCCUCCGAGUGCUGCGCAGGGAGGAACUAUUCCAGGCGGAGAAAAAAGAGAUUACGUUAUCCAAGAGCUCGUUGAAACCGAGCGUAAUUAUUCAGAAGUAUUAAGUAGUCUUCUACGACACUUUGCUCGUCCACUAUCAUCAUUACUGCGUCCAAAAGACGCGGCGAUAAUAUUUUUUGGUAUAAAAGAUUUGUCAGAAAUUCAUGCUGGUGUUCAUAGUCAAUUACGUAAAGCACGUAAUGGUGCUUCAAUUGCUCAAGUAUUUCUCGAUUGGCGAGAGAAAUUUCUUAUUUACGGUGACUACUGCGCUAAUCUCACGGUGGCCCAGAAUACCCUGCAAGAGGCCUGUGCCCGCAACGAAUUAGUCAACCAAGAAGUGAUUCGUUGCCAGCAAGAAGCCAACAAUGGAAAAUUCAAACUUCGCGACAUUCUAUCAGUGCCAAUGCAACGGGUGUUGAAGUAUCACUUGUUGUUAGAUAAACUUGUUGAAGAGACUCCACGUGAGCUGGCUGAAGAUUUGCGUCAAUUAGGCAAAGCCAGGGAGGUGAUGGUAGACGUGGCUCAAUAUAUUAAUGAAGUUAAACGUGACUCCGAUACGCUCGAUAUUAUCAAAGACAUUCAAGCGUCAAUUGUUGACUGGGACAUGAGUGAUGGAACCCAACUCAAAGACUUCGGGCGUCUGUUGAGAGACGGAGAGCUCAAAGUUAAAGCACACGGAGAUCAAAGAGUUAAAGCUCGUUACGCCUUUGUAUUUGAACAGGCCGUGUUGCUGUGCAAAGCCGGCCGAGGCGAUCAAUAUUGCUAUCGAGAAACACUUCGACUUGAUGAUUAUCGGUUGGAAGACCACAUAGGGAGGAGAAUUCUCGGACGAGAUUCCCGGUGGUCAUAUCAGUGGCUGUUGGUUCACAAGCAAGCCUACACUGCAUACACACUCUACGCCCGGACGGACGACCAGAAGCAGAUGUGGAUGAAAGCUCUCCAGGACGCUAUGGACAAUGUCAACCCCGCUGCGUGUCGUGUUACCAAUCACAAAUUCCGGUUGAUGACAUUCGAGACUGCAAGAAGUUGUCAGCGCUGUGGAAAAUUCCUCAAAGGCCGAAUUUUCCAAGGAUAUAGUUGCGAUGUAUGUCGUUUGUCAGUCCACAAACAAUGCAUAUCAUAUUCCGGACGUUGUAUGCCGGUACCUCCCACGCCACCACUACCUCCCCCUCUACCGUGUGACCGUGCACUCUCGGUGAAGCUGUGGUUUGUGGGUGAAAUGGGAAGAGACGCGGCUGCACAUAAACUUGAGGCUAGAGAGGAUGGAACGUAUAUGCUACGGGUACGACCUGCUGGGCAGCCUCGAUUAAAACAUGAAACUAAUUACGCCUUGAGUAUCAAAACCGAAGGGGCCGUUAAACAUAUUAGGGUGUUCAAACGUGACGUUGAUGGCACGGAACUUUACUACCUGAGCGAAUCCCGGUUUUUUAAAAGCGUCGUCGAGCUUGUCGAGUACUACGAGCGCGCGUCGUUGUCGGAGAAUUUUGAAAACCUGGACCAGCGACUACUGUGGCCAUUUAGACGCGUAUUGGCCAAAGCGUUGUUUGAUUUCCGUGCAGGAGAACGAAAUCAGCUGACACUGAGACGCGGAUGUCGUGUUGUCGUACUCAGCAAAGAAGGUGACGCAAAAGGCUGGUGGAAGGGUAAAAUAAAUGACCAGGUUGGAUUCUUUCCAAAAGAAUACGUCGAGGAAGAAUAACCUACGGGUAUAAUAAAUAAAUAUAUUAUAAAAUAGAGUUCUUCCAAGUCAACUUGAUUGCACGGCUUCUCAAUUAAUGAAAUAUAAAUAAUUAUUAUUAAUUUUAAAUUAAAUAAAUAAAUAAAUUAGGCAAGCACUCAUCCAAAGAAAUACGCGAUGACAUAAUGUCUUUGUGCAAUCGCAUUUAAUCACUGUUGAAACUAGUCCUUGGACAGACAGUUAACGUUUAAAAAGCGUAGAUUAAAUUUUUUAAAUAUUUUAUUUAGCACAAUUAUCAACGGACAAUUACCACGUGCGCUAUGUCACCCAUUAAAUAUAGUCGGACCUCGUUAUAAGACUCUUCCUCUCAACUUGUUAAAACUUGCUUGGAAUGCUUCCCCCAUCAGUAACUCAAUGAAAAUUUUGCGCCAAAAUCUCGCUAUAAGACUAACGAACUACGACUAAAAUCAAGAUGAAAUGUACAUAUAGAUUGUAGAUUAAGUAAUUUAUUUUCAUAAAGAAAACUUACAAUUUCCUGGUUUCACAUAAUUAAGGAAAAAGAACAACAAAAUACUGUUCAUUCAUAAUUAAACACCUUGCUCAGAAAGUUUCUGCGGUGGAACAUUUUCUGCUGAUUUAACGACUAGUUUUUUGCAAGCCUUGGCUGGAUAAUACUUGCAUGCAAGUUGAUGUAAAUCAACUAUCGUCAUCUGAAUGUAAUUUGACAGAAGAACUUGGCAUCAAUUUGAAGUGAAACUUUAAAUCAAUUUAACGUCAUUAUGACAGUAACAUUUUAAGUAAAAUUGAAUUCAAGUUACAGCCAAUCUAUUGUCAAUUUAACUGCAACUUUUUAACUUGCGGUUAUAGUGGCUAUCAGGGUAGUCUUAUAGCGAGACUUGGAUGCAAACACUGUUAAGCACAAUAGUGGGGGAACGUCAAUUCCUCUAAGAAUUUUUUCCCUACAGCUCCAAGGUAGUCUCAUAACGUGGUCCAGCUGUAAUUGAGUUGUUAAAUAUCCAGAAUUAAAUCCGAAGCAAUGGGCUGUUAAAUUAAUUGUUACUCAUUCUCGCUUGGAAUUGAGACUGCUUGAAAAAAAAUGCUUUUAUGUACUAAAAAAAAAUUAAAUCAAGGCUUUAAUUGCCUAUAUAUAUUUAUCACUAUAUUUACAUAAAAAAAAUACAAAUUGAUUGUUAUUCUUGAAAAAAAAAAAAAUAUAUAUAUAUACACAUAUAUAUCUGAUAUUUUUUAAUGAUAAGACGUAUUGUCCAAUCGUGCCAAUAAAAAAAAUUAAU